CCAUGUACGGCGGCAACCGCGUCAAGAGGAGACCCUCCCCGUACGAGAUGGAGAUCACCGACGGUCCUCAUACAAAAGUGGUUCGCCGCAUUUUUACCAAUAGCCGGGAGAGGUGGAGACAGCAGAAUGUCAAUGGAGCUUUUGCAGAGCUUCGCAAACUCAUCCCUACUCACCCACCUGACAAGAAACUGAGCAAGAAUGAGAUUUUACGCCUGGCUAUGAAAUACAUCAACUUCCUGGCCAAGCUGCUCAACGACCAGGAAGAAGAAGGAAACCAAAGGGGCAAGGUGAACAAAGACUCUGGGAUAGUCCAGGAAGAUCUCCUGCAGGACAUGUUGUCUCCUAACUCUAGCUGUGGAAGUUCUUUAGAUGGAGCAGCAAGCCCAGACAGCUUCACGGAAGAACAUGAAACACUAGAUUCAAAGCACACACGGAGCAUGCAUCACUCCAUUCUCCCUGUAGAAGGCAACGCGCAACGAUGAUGACCUUCCAAACUGCUCCUAAAGCACAAAGGGAAAAGGAAGACCUAAGUAUGUGGAUACUGGAAUUUGUACCCUUGGAAUUUCUGACUCUGCAUUACAGAAGGCCUCGGGGACUUGGGCUCUGAGUUCUCGCAGCCCCAGGACUGAGAGGACAGUGAGUUGGCUGAGAACAAGACCAAAACAGAUUGACGUUCGACAUUUAGGUACGUGAUCGUACAAAGAAGAAAAGCAUUGAAGUCAUCUUCAUUGUACAUAUUGCCAUGAUUUGACUCUGAGGAGGGGAAUGAAACACAGCCAACACCUCUCCAGCAUUUAGAGGGUUUUCAGACCAUCUGACAAUUGUCAUUUUUUAAACAGAAUAUUCACCCAGCUGAGACACGAAACAUGAAAUUCCUCUUUCACUGCCAACUGAGGCCACUGACGCUUUCCAGCGGCAUGUGGCACUGGAGACUGCUGAAAUCUGUCAGUGCUACUGCAUUUCUCCAGCCUGUGGCAAAGAAGUAUAUGCAACUUGUCUGAGCAGAAGCUGUGGCAACGUGUUCAUGUUGUCCGAAAGCUUUUGACUGUACCUUUUUAAAGAGGUGAAAAAUACCCUCAGCAAAAGAACUAUUAAAAGGAUUAAGACUUUUUCUUUUUCUCUUCCUUUUUUUUCCCUCUUUUUUCUUAAACCUAACUUUGAAUUGUUUGGGGUGUUGUAUUUAUGAUGCGGGAUUACUUCUGUUUAAUACCGUCAUGCAGUAUCCACUGAACAAAAAGGUACAUAGGUGUUUUCUGCUCUCCACCGCCCUCCGAGUCCCUGAUCCUUGUGCUGAUAACAUACAGCUGGUGAGAGUCAAGGCCUGUAGUGGUCACCUAGAGCUUUCCCAGUGGCUUCUGUAGGGCAGAGCUUCUUUCAAGGAAGAUGAAUUUCAGAAUUAGUAAGGAAAAAAAUUACUAGGGAAGCUUCCCCUUGGACCUGGGGACUCCUUUUUUUGAUUAAAAAAGCAACAAAAGACAAUAUCAAUAGUGUAACAACAGUGUGUGUGUACAUAGGGUUAUAAAAAGGUUUUAAUGGUAUACUUUGAAUUUUUUGUUUUUAUUGUGUGAAAAUGGUGAUAGUUCACCUCUGCCAAUUCUCACAGGCUGGAUUUCAGGCCCUGGAUUCAAAUUAAGGCAUUAGUCGGAUCCUUGUCUGCCCGAGGCUGGUAAGAGGCCACAGCUUCUCACAAUCUUGGGGUGAAAUGCUAAUAGUGCUGAUGGGAUUACCCGCCGUUCCCAAGAAUUUAGAUAGCUGCAAAAUUGAUAAGCCUGAUCAUGCUAAAACAGGAAUAAUCCUCUGACCACCGCUGCCCUCCAGAAGGGCAUUUGAGAAACAAAAAAACUCAAAAGCAGGAGGUGGUUUCAUGACCCCUAGAAACUGGUGCUGUUCCACUGGCUGCAAGUACGAUGCUGACUGAUGUGAGCUGAGGACUUCGCCUGUGCCCACCCCAGGCCCCGUACAGGCAUCCCGCGCCCGUUGCCUAAGGACUGACAGAGCGAUUGCCCCAGGCCCAUCCAUUCCCUAUGCAGAGAUUUCAAGGCAAAGAAAUCUCCACCGUGUCACAGUAAAAAAAUACCCCAUUCUUUGUAAGGGAAAAGUACGCAGAGCGAGGACCCUUUCCAUCAUGCUAAUUCCUUUCCGGAGAUGCUGAGGUACAAGGAAGCGCAGAGGAUUUGUGUGUGUGUGCGAGAAUUCAGGCCCGUUAUUUGCAAGCUAGAUCCAGGCUUACUUUGGAGUUUAGUCAUUUCUAUUCCUUGUUUUUAACUCUUUGCACCUCUUUGUAAAUAAUAUAUGUAAGGCUGGCUUUUCUCAACAGAGUGCGCUGAGUGGAAAGUAUUGCCCGGGAAGGGAUCCCAGCACGGACAAGGGUUUCCAGCUACCCCCUCAUAUCCUCCGAAACUGGAAGCCUCACUGAUCUUAAAUCAGGGAAAAGGAGGAAAAAUCCUUCCCAGGUCAAGAUCGCUUCUAUAUGGAGAUUUUUAAUAAGAGGGGCUACCUGGUGGGGCUGGGCAAGGGCAGAGGUACCUGGUGAUGAAACGAUGCCGAGGAAGAAGAGAGGCUGCUACCAGUCCCACGUUUUGGGCUGUUUGUUAUGGGCUUGUCCGGGUCUGAGGGGCAGAAGAGGAGGGCAGAGGGGUUUCAAUAGGAGCCCAGUGCCCGUAGCCAGGGUUGUGGGGCACGGCCCCGAGCCACUGCUGGCCAGGGUCCCCUCGGACGCUGCUUGCAAAUGCUGGCCCUCCUUGGGAGGGGGAGAGACGCUGUCACACAGGUAAAGCCAUAUUCUCAGUUUUAAACCCUUUCCGGGGGAAAUUAUUGCAAGGAAAAUCACCAAUGCUCAGAAUUUCCUCAUUCCCCACAUUUUUUUUUCUUUUCGGUAGCUGAAAAGUUAACAAAAUGGUACAACCUUUCCAACAUGAACAUGAACACACGUACAUGCGCACGCGCACACACACACACCCCUGUUUGUAGCCUCCUAGCAGAACACACCGUAGGCCUCUCUGGGGUAUGUAUAGUUGUACUUUAAUUGUGAUUUGAAUGGUACAUUUUCUCUGUCCAUCUUUCCUCCUGCCUGCUUUAUGUCUCGGUGUGUGGAACAUCACCCCGUUUCUGUUUGAAACAGCACUUUCGGUCAAUGUCGUACCGUGUGGUUGAAUUCUCUUCUUACGAUUUUUUUCAGCCCUGUCCCUUUCUCUCCCACCUUCCCCUUUGAUUUCUGCAUUUUUUCUGCAGAAAUGAAGUAACCAGACCUGGUACCCUGAUUCUCGACCCACUGUGGAUGUGCUAUUUAGAAAACACAUUUGUUGAAAUGUGUGUGUAUAUAUAAAUAUAUAUAUAUA